CCCGCCACCCUCUCUCCCGCCGCAGCCCCUGCAGCCCCGGGGAGGGCCAUGAAGGUACUGCUCUUCACCGGGCUGGGAGCCCUGUUCUUCUCGUAUUACUGGGAUGACAACUUUGACCCUGGUGAGUGCCUGGUGGGGGAGGGAGCGGGCGUCGGGGAGGAACUGGCAUAUCACUACGCCCGCCUGGGCUCCCACCUGGUGCUCACUGCCCACACGGAGGCCCUCCUGCAGAAGGUGGUAGGGAACUGCCGGAAGCUGGGCGCUCCCAAGGUCUUCUACAUCGCUGCGGACAUGGCCUCCCCUGAGGUGCCCGAGAGCGUGGUGCAGUUCGCGCUGGACAAGCUGGGAGGACUGGACUACCUCGUGCUGAACCACCUCGGCGCCACCCCGGCAGGCUCGCGGUCCAGGAGCGUCCAGGCGACACGCUGGCUCAUGCAGGUGAACUUUGUGAGUUACGUGCAGCUGACUUCGUUGGCGCUGCCCAGCCUGACGGACAGCAAAGGCUCUCUGGUGGUCGUGUCCUCGCUGCUCGGCCAGGUGCCCACAUCCUUCUCCCGCCCGUACUCGGCAGCCAAGUUCGCUCUGGACGGCUUCUUCGGCUCUCUGCGGCGGGAGCUAGACGUGCAGGACGUGAACGUGGCCAUCACGAUGUGUGUCCUGGGCCUCCGGGAUCGCGCCUCCCCCGCCGAGGGAGUCAGGGGCGUCACGAGGGCCAAGGCGGCCCCAGGGCCCAAGGCGGCCCUGGCCGUGAUCCGCGGCGGCGCCACACGCGCCCCCGGCGUCUUCUACCCAUGGCGCUUCCGCCUGCUCUGUCUGCUCCGGGGAUGGCUGCCGCACCCGAGGGCCUGGUUCAUCCGCCAGGAGCUCAACGUCACCGCUGCCGCUGCUGCCUGA